AAAUUUUCCUUAAACUAGUGCAUAAAAAGACACUGCACCAACUGAAAAUGACAGACACUUCCCCUAGAAACGACAUUUCUCUGCCGUCCGAACCCAUUUUUAUAUAGCGAAAUUAACGCUCAUCGCCAUGGCCACUUCCUUACUCACUCAAUUUCAAGUCUUCAACAAAUACCAAAACCAUUACCUAAAACAAUUCACUUCCAAGUUCCAUCCAUUAUCUCCAUUCACUCCUCACAAAACCUAGCUUUCCCUUCAAUGGCGUGUUUUUCUUCUUCGCUCUCUUCACCUCAUUUUCCAACCGAUUCGCUCAAGCUCCGCCGUAGGAAUUCGCCGGAAAAUCUCUUAUCUGUUCGGAGAAGUGUUGUUUCUCUGCCGUUGAAUGUAUCGGUUAAGAGUUCUUUGUCGCUGAGGCGAUGGUGUGGAAUUGGAGUGACUCGCGCCUCUACUGAGGUUCUUGAUGAUCAAAUUGUGGAAUUGGAGAAGGGGAAAGAGAAAGGGAAGAUUCUGAGAGUAGGACUCAUCUGCGGAGGUCCCUCUGCGGAGCGUGGAAUAUCACUCAACUCUGCAAGAUCAGUUCUUGAUCACAUACAGGGGGGUGAUUUGCAUGUAAGCUGCUAUUACAUUGACUGCAAUCUUAAUGCAUAUGCAAUAUCCUCAGCUCAGGUAUAUUCAAACACUCCUGCAGAUUUUGAUUUCAAACUUGAAAGCCUUGCCCAAGGUUUUCAGUCUUUGUCCGACUUUGCAGAACACCUUGCUGCCUCUGUUGACAUAGUUUUCCCUGUGAUACAUGGUCGGUUUGGUGAAGAUGGUGGCAUUCAGGAGCUAUUGGAAAAAUCAAAUAUCCCAUUCAUUGGCACACGUUCAAAUGAAUGUCGUAAAGCUUUUGACAAGUUCGAAUGCUCAUUGGAGCUUGGCAGACAAGGUUUUAUUACGGUUCCCAGUUUCCUAGUGCAGGGAAAUGAAUGGGAAGAAUCUGAUCUAUCAAAGUGGUUUGAAAGAAACCAACUGGACACUAGCUUUGGGAAAGUUGUGGUAAAACCUACGAGAGCAGGGUCAAGCAUUGGAGUUACAGUUGCAUAUGGUGUUAUUGAUGCUCUCAAGAAAGCUAAUGAUAUUAUUUUAGAGGGAAUUGAUGAUAAAGUCAUUGUAGAAAUUUUUCUUGAAGGAGGGAGUGAGUUUACUGCCAUUGUCCUUGAUGUGGGUUCAGGUUCUGACACCCUUCCUAUUGUACUACUGCCAACAGAGGUGGAACUUCAUUCCCAUGGCAGUGCUGAUGUCAAUGAGAAGGAUGCCAUAUUCAACUAUCGAAGGAAGUAUCUUCCUACACAGCAGGUUGUUUAUCAUACUCCACCUCGUUUCCCAAUAGAUAUAAUUCAAAGUAUUCGUGAAGGAGCAUCUAUGUUAUUCCAACGGCUUGGUCUACGCGAUUUUGCUAGAAUAGAUGGCUGGUUUUUGCCACCUUCUGAUCAUAUAUUGUCUUCGUCAGAAAAUACAUUUGGAAGAACCGAUUCGGGUACUGUAAUAUUUACCGACAUCAACUUGAUUAGUGGGAUGGAGCAAACUAGCUUCUUAUUUCAGCAAGCUUCAAAGGUUGGAUUUUCUCACUCAAACAUCCUGAGGACCGUUAUUCAACAUGCUUGCCUGCGGUUUCCGAGGCUUGCUUCAUACUGUAGUGUAUCUAGUCCUUCGUCUGGAAGAUCAAAAUCUUCAUUACUCACAGGAGCAAUGCCCAAAUCUCAAAAUGUUCAAAAAGUUUUUGUCAUUUUUGGUGGUGACACUUCUGAACGGCAAGUAUCUCUUAUGAGCGGAACUAAUGUUUGGCUCAAUUUGCAAGCAUUUGAUGAUCUUGAAGUAACUCCAUGUUUGCUUGCCCCUACAAAUGGUUAUUCAUCUGAUGUGAACUCUGAUAAGAAGGAAAUGGAUGUGAGCUCCAGAACAGUUUGGUCAUUACCUUACUCCCUUGUGCUGAGGCAUACUACAGAAGAAGUUCUUGCUGCAUGCAUUGAAGCAAUUGAACCUGCUCGGGCUGCAUUGACGUCUCACUUACGGAACCAAGUGAUGGAUGAACUUAUGGAAGGCUUGAAGAAACACAGUUGGUUCACAGGGUUCGAUAUAUCUGAUGCACCACCAAUGAGGUUCUCACUGGAGCAGUGGAUUAAGCUAGCCAAGGAAGUUCAAGCAACAGUUUUCAUUGCAGUGCAUGGAGGCAUUGGGGAAGAUGGUACACUUCAGUCUUUGCUAGAGGCUGAAAGAGUUCCUUAUACAGGUCCUGGCAUUGUGGCUUCCAAGACCUGUAUGGACAAAGUUGCAACAUCUCUGGCACUUAAACAUCUUGGAAACUUCGGAGUUCUUACCAUAAAUAAAGAUGUACGACGAAAAGAAGACCUAGUCAAUAUGGAACCAUUUGACAUUUGGCAUGACUUGACCUCAAAGCUUCAAUGUGAAACAUUAUGUGUCAAACCCGCUAGAGAUGGAUGCUCGACUGGAGUUGCACGGUUAUGCUGUGCUGAGGAUCUCUCAGUGUAUGUAAAAGCAUUAGAGGAUGGGCUUCAUCGGCUACCUUCUAAUAGUUUAUCAAAGGCACAUGGAGUAGUUGAGAUGCCAAACCCUCCGCCAGAGCACUUAAUCUUUGAGCCUUUUAUUGAGACCGACGAGAUAAUUGUUUCAUCCAAAUCCACAAAUGAAAAUGCAGAUCAUCUAUUGUGGAAAGGACAUAGUAGAUGGGUAGAGGUAACCGUUGGUGUUACGGGAAAUCAAGGAUCAAUGCACUCGUUGUCACCUAGUGUUACUGUCAAAGAAGCUGGUGAUAUAUUGUCACUUGAGGAAAAAUUUCAAGGUGGAACUGGCAUCAAUCUGACUCCACCUCCAUUAUCAAUCAUUCGUCACGACGCAUUGGAAAGAUGUAAACAACGUAUUGAACUUAUAGCAAACACUCUGCAGUUAGAAGGGUUUUCACGUAUCGAUGCAUUUGUUAACGUUGACAGUGGUGAGGUACUUGUUAUAGAGGUUAACACUGUGCCCGGAAUGACACCUUCUACUGUUUUGAUUCAUCAGGCACUAGCAGAGCAACCUCCCAUGUAUCCUCACCGGUUCUUUCGCACACUGCUUGAUUUGGCAUCAGAAAGGUCUAUGUAAAACUUAUUUCUUGUAAGAAUAACUCCAUUGUUUAUCGUCUUUUACAGAACAAACUGUCCUGCAACAUUAUGAAAACAUAAAUUUUUUAUUUUAUUUUAUUUUUUUUUAUUUGGAGUGAAAAUGUAGAUGUUAAAAUGAAUCUCAUUUGUUUCUCUUUUUGAUGGGAAUAAGAACGGGAUGUACUGCUUCAAGGAU